AUGGAUGCCAAGCACUUCAGCCACCACCAUGGCCUCGUUCUCCACCGCCAACCGCCUCACCAAGGGCCCGAAACCCGUUGUUCGGGCUGCAAAACUGCCCUCUCGGGUGAGGCCUACGUCUGCUGGCAGUGCAACUAUUUCCUCCACGUGCAGUGUUUUCGGGCUACACGCUCACUCAAACACCCGUCCCACCCACUUCACCCUCUCACCCUGCUCCCUUCCCCUACUUACCCCUCAGCUUCCUUUAUCUGCAAUUUAUGCAACCUAACCGGGGACGGAUUUUCCUACUCUUGCUCGGCUUGUCAAUUCGACAUCCAUGUCCACUGCGCACAUUUGAAUAAUAAUAAUCCGCUCGUGCCAUCUUCCCCAAUUGCUGCUAAUCCGAAUUACAAAAACAAUCCAGUCUACCACCCGCCGCUCCAUACAAGCCCUUAUCCGACUUACCCGCCUUCGAACUACCAACAGAGUUAUCCUCCUCAACCUCAACUCACGGCAUAUCCACCUAAUCCAAACAGCCCUUAUCCCAGCUACCCGACACCACCGCCCAACAACACACAACACUACAAUGCAUUUCACCAAACACCUGGUGUGCACCAAAACCCUGCUUUUCCCCAACCACAUUCAAUUCCACCACCGCAGCAGUACAUUCCUCCCGCCAACAAUCCUCUGCCGCCACCUCAGCCUAACAUCACCGUCCCGACUUACGCUACAGUCAUGAACACCACCACAGAUAAUCCUCCUCCGCCGCCUCCGAACAAUCCUCAGCCAAAACCGCCGACGAACAUAAUUAAACACUUCAGCCACGCCCACGCGCUGAAACUCAUAGAGUUAGACGGGAAGAGCUCGAAGAUUUGCUCAGCGUGCGAAUUCCGGCUGUCAGGAUCGGCCUACUGCUGCACGGAGGGGCACUGCCCGUUCAGCCUCCACAAGUCCUGCUACGACGCGCCGCGCGAGUUCCAACAUAAGUCGCACCUUCAGCACACGCUCACCCUAAUUCCGUCUCCGCCGUACAGCGACGGGUUCACCUGCAACGCGUGCCUCAAGGACGGGAAAGCGUUCGCCUACACGUGCGCAACGUGCUCGUACGACCUGCACAUAGACUGCGUACAGUGGCCGGAGAAGGCUCCAACCGGUGACUGGUUGAGCGCUCAACCAUCCUCCGACGAGCCCAGGCUUCCGUCGACACCUCAAUCCCCAUCAGGCCGCGGAUGCUUUAGAGCUCCGACCACUGUUCGACGAAUUCGAGCUCCCAACGACAGCUCCGGUCAGCUCGUCCUUCAGCGACUGUGGGACCUUCGACUUCCAGCAGCCUACCGGGCAAGUCAAGUGACACUCGGGUUGAGGACAGCCGCAAACCGAGCCAUCUCCGAGAGCCCCUGA